AUGAAUGUGCACCCUAUGAUUUCGUCAACCCUCUUCCUGAUACUAGGGACAUUGGCUUCUUUCUUACCUAUAAUAUUACCAACUGCUGUUAUUCCGCUAAAGCCAGGAGAGCGUCUAAUGAAAGUGGAAAAAUCGUCUGGCCCGAAAAUCGUCUUCUUUCUGUCCUCCGAAAAAGAAAAAGGAGUUAGAAUAUUGACAUUAUCAAUUGCCCACGUGAAAGCUUUAAAGCAAGGUUCGCAAGACAGUCAGAAUCAGAAAGAGAGCCUAAAAGAAGAAGAGUCACUCACUCCUCCGCCAAGAAGUAAAGCAACCCCUGCUGUUCUCAUUGCUGCGUCGAAAGGGGUAGGGAGGGAGAGGUCUAUCAAUGACUUAAAAACGACGUUGCCUACUCACCACCUUGCUCUUAUGAAAGAGGACAUUCGUGAACAACCCCUAGAUUCGGAUUAG